AUGGCAAUGGCAAACAAUAAAAGAAAAUGUUUUACAUGUCAUAGAGAAAACAACACAUAUACUUGUGAAGGGUGUUCAAAAAGAUUUUGCUUAGUUCAUUUAAACGAACAUGAACAAAAAUUCAAUGAAGAAUUGAGUCAUAUUAUUAAUGAUUAUAAUGAAUUCAAAGAAAGAAUUAAUGAACAAAAACAAAAUCCACAUAAUCAUUCAUUGAUAAAACAAAUUGAUCAAUGGGGAAUAAAAUCAAUUGAAAUAAUUCAACAAAAAGCACAAGAUUGUAGACAGGUUGUCAUUGAAUCAUUACAAACAUGUAUUAAUGAUAUUGAAAAGAAAUUUAAUGAUUUAACUGAACAAAUAAAACAGCUUCAGAAAGAAAAUGACUUUAAUGAAAUUAAUUUAAAUCGUUUAACAAAUCAAUUAAUAGAAAUUACACAAGAAUUAAAUAACCCAUCAAAUAUCUCUAUUCAACAAGAUUCACAAUCAGUUAUUGAUGAUAUUUCAAUUAUUUUAUUAAAAAAACCAAAAUUCAACAAAUGGAAACAAAAUGCUAUUACUGUGGCUGGUGGAAAUGGAGAAGGACAACAAUUAAAUCAACUCCAUCACCCUUUGGGAAUCUUUAUUAAUGAAAAGAAAAAUAUUUUCAUAGCUGAUUGUUGGAAUCAUCGUAUAGUUGAAUGGGAAUAUAGUGAAAAUGAAGGACAAAUCAUUGUAGGUGGAAAUAUACAAGGAAAUCGAAUGGAUAAACUACGUUCUCCAACAAAUGUGAUUGUCGAUCAACGAAACCAUUCGUUCAUCGUUGCUGAUUGUGGGAACAGACGAGUGAUUCAAUGGAUGAAUCAAAAGCAAGAAAUUCUCAUUCCCGAUAUUGCCUGUUAUGGUUUGGCAAUGGAUAAAAAUGGAUUUCUUUAUGUUUCUGACGUUGGAAAGAAUGAAGUGAGACGAUGGAAAAUGGGAGAAUACAACAACGAAGGAAUUGUAGUGGCAGGUGGAAAUGGACAAGGAAAUCAACUUAAUCAACUCAAUUCUCCUGCUUUUAUCUUUAUUGAUGAAGAUCAAUCGAUUUAUGUAUCAGAUCAAAACAAUCAUCGUGUGAUGAAAUGGAGAAAAGGUGCAAAAGAAGGAACAGUUGUGGCUGGAGGAAAUGGUAAAGGAGAGAAUCUUAAUCAAUUGUCGUCACCUGACGGGGUAGUUGUUGAUCAUUUGGGCCAAAUCUAUGUGGCUGAUUUUGGGAAUGAUCGAGUAAUUCGAUGGUGUGAAGGAAAAGAAGAAGGUGAAAUUGUUGUUGGUGGAAAUGGUGAAGAAAAUCAAUUAAAUCAACUCAAUGGUCCGUGUGGUUUAUCUUUUGAUGGUGAAGGAAAUCUUUAUGUUGCUGAUUACUCGGCUCAUCGAAUUCAAAAAUUUGAAAUAAUUUUGUAA